AUGACAUCGGGAGACCCUGGAGAGGUGACAUGGGGACAGUCGGUCCCUGACCCUACCAUCCCCUCAGGUUAUGCCAACGAGGUGGGCGAGUCCUUCCGCCCUCUGGUGCCAGUGCCGGUGGUGUGGGCCAGCUACGGCGUGGCCACCGCCUACGUGACCGCCGACGCCAUCGACAAGGGUCGGAAGGCUGCCACCGCCCACCCGCAGGACCCCACACGCGUGGGGGUGGCCGUGGUGGACACCUUCGUGUGGCAGAGCCUGGCCUCGGUGGCCAUCCCCGGCUUCACCAUCAACCGGCUCUGCGCCGCCUCGCUGGCCCUGCUGGGCUCUCUCACCCGCUGGCCCCUGCCCGUGCGCCGCUGGACCACCACUGCCCUGGGGCUGGCUGCCAUCCCCCUCAUCAUCACGCCCAUCGACAGGACUGUGGAUUUCCUGAUGGAUUCCAGCCUGCGCAAGCUGUACAGGACACCAGGAGAGCCCCCGACGUCCCACUGAGCCCCGCCCUGCGCUCUGGGGAAACUGAGGCAUGCUGCUGUGACCCACCUACUGUGACCUCUCACUCUGGUGACCCCCAGAGUGGCCACCCUGUCCCACACUGGUCCUAAUAAACCGUU